AAAGCUUUUUUUCUCUUCACCAACUCUUUAGUCCUACCUUUGUCUCCGACGGAGCAUGCGCCUCAGUGCAUUUCCGCUGCUUCUUGCAGGGGCUAGCCUCGCUCAGUAUGCGACAGCCAGCCCCAUUCGCGUGGUCGUCGUGACAUCCAAAGAAGAAAUCUCGACCGACACUCGAUAUGAUCAAGGUCGUCCCUUCGUAGCCGAAAUCGUCAGACCUUUCGCGCCCCUCCCAGAGGUCAUAACACCCCAUCCUGGCGCCGGCCGCCAUCCCUGCUCCAAGUUCAAGAACAAGGCCCUCACCAUUACCAACAAGUUCAGGGAGGCCUUUGGCUUGCCUCUCAUUCACUCUGACUCUCGUCCCAACAACGUCGACGACGAGAGCGACGGAAUUCUCAGAACUCUGCCCUUCAUAGGUAUACCUAUGGAGCCCAUACCAGUUCGCCCCGACAACUUUCGCAAUAAGAACGACGGGACUUUCAACAUCCUGCCUGUACCCUUCCAGCCAGGGCCUGGUGUCAUUCAUGUCGCUCCAGGUCGCGGUAUGGGCCACGGCCGCCACCGCUUCCAGGCCUCGUUCCUCCACCGUGUCCACAGGGCGUUGAUGGUUCUGGGACCUUGGGAAGGGCGUGCAGUCGCUUUCGUCCUCGGUUGCGGCAUUGGCGUGCUCCUCAGGAUGGUCUGGGUCAUGGCCAUUCUCUUCGCCCGGGCUUUCCGCAGCUCCCGCCGAAGCGAUGACGAAGACGUCCACGACGUCCUGGUAUUCGAGGCGGACGCCGAAGAGAUGCUCGUGCCGCCUCCUCAGUACACCGAUGAGAAAGUUGCCCUCGUGGUCGCGGAGGAGAAGCCCGAGAUCAAGGCUUAGAACAGCGCUGGACAGAGAAGAUAUGAUUUGAAUGGAUAUCCCUUGGUCUGGUUGGGCUUGCCGUCUCCGUUAUACAGCAUCCCGUUACCAAUUUUGUACUAUGCCUCCCCCUCUUUCUGUUUCGUAUAUCCCUAGGUCGUUGGCUCAUGGAGUUCAGCCGAGUGCUCGCGACCGUGUAGUCUAGCCUCGAUGAAUACAUGGACAUUCGUGUUGUGAAUCG